AUGAAUUAGAGACCAAUAAAAAAUGGAUAUCUAUAGCAGAAACAUAUAUUUGGACUUAAAACUACUAAAUUUUAUUAUUUGGAAGGAACUUAAUUUCUGAUUUUCGAAGAUGAUAAAACUCAUAUUCCUCAAGAAAGAAUCGAUCUAUCAGGUUUCAUAGUUGAUGGCACUUGGUAGGAAGAUGGUUAUUAUACCUUUACACUAAGGCAUCUCCAAUAAGAGAUUAUUAUGUAAUUUAUAUCAAUGACCUAUGAUGAUGCUGCAGAAUGGGUUAGUAAGAUUAAAUAAGCCAUACUCAUAUCUGAAUACGAAGCCCUGCUGCAUUAAUCAAACUAUUAGAUUUCGAUUGACUAAAAUAGAUUGUAUAAGAAUGACUCUUCAAAUGUAACCAAAAAUAUUCCGGAAUACGUGUAAAAAUAAUUAUAGCUCUAUUAAGAAUUAAGUAAAGAUAAAUGGAUUAUUGAGAAAACCUUAAAGUAAAUGAAAUUAACAACAAUUUAAUCAUAGAGCAACAUCGUAUUAAAAGGUGAAUAUGUAUUCAAUACUUCCCUAUAAAAUGUAAUUACAAUUAUUCAAAAAGGUGGAAAGCUGCUGGAUUUAUUUAUAAAAUCUUCUGAAGUCCAUGAAAUUGAUUGUUGUUAAUGUCAUUAGGAUGUAUGGCAUUUUAAUAAUGAUGGCAAGAAAUGUGUUUUAGAAUCCAAAUAUAUAUAGUUUGAUUUUCAGAGAAAUAACUCAUUUUUCUUAACGAGAGAAUCAAUUUCUCAAGGAAAGUUUCCAAUGGUUAUAACUAAUGAUAAACAAUAAUAGAAAAACUUGAUAUCUAUGUUUAAAGUUUUGGAAAUUAUACACGUAGUUGAGGAGGAUUCUAAAUGCUUUACGCAAUACAUGUAUGUAGUGAAGAAGGAUGAAAAUGAGAAAGUCAUAAGAAAAUUGAUGAAAGAAUAAAUAAUUAACCUAUCUAUAAUUUCGACCGAAUUGGAUUUACUCUUAAUGUAGAUUAACAAUGAAUCUAUACCAAUAACCCAAUCGAGAAUUGUUGUUGGAACUGACCAUUCAAAUUAGGAUAAUUUAGAAAAUGAAUUUUCAAAGGGAGAAAAUAUUCAUUUUCCACCUUAGGAUAGAUUAGGAUAUGUAGAUAAUCAGCUACAGCCAAAUCAACCAGCAGCCAUAUAUGAAAAUAUGCAUAAGAGAAUCACACACUAGGAUGAAGAAUAAUUAAAGGCAUUGGCUGAAUUAAAAGAGAGAAUUGGACAUCUAUAUUUGAAUGACUAGACUAUGAUAAGGUAUUUGAUUGCAAGAAAUUAUAAAGUCAAAGAUACUGAGAAGAUGAUAUUGAAAUGCUUGUAAUGGAGAAAGGAGAACAAAAUCAAUUCUAGAAAGACUAGUGACUACUAAAUUUAUGCUAAUGAAAAUGUGCAUACUUAAUUGGGGUUUUCAAGAUGGGGCCAUCCGAUUUUAGUAACUAAUGGAAUGAAUUCACAUCCAGAAAAGUUUGAAUCAGAAUAGGGAUUCUCCGAAUAGGGGUAUUUGGAAUAUCAUUAGAGUUUGAUGGAAGAAGGCAUUAGAUCGAUGAGAGGAUAUGUAGAUCAAUUUAUAGUGAUUAUUGACUGUUAUAAACUGACUCCAGCUAACUUCUCUUUCAGCGUACUUAAGAAUGCGUUUAUAGAAAUUUUCAAUUAUUACCCUGAAAGAUAAUUUAGAAUAUAUGUAUUAAAUACAAACUUCUUGACUCGAUCUUUUUAUGCUAUGUUAAAGCCCUUUUUACCAUCCAGAACAGUUGAGAAGAUAAAUUUUAUAGGCCAAGAUUUCAAUGAGAUUAAGACUGCAUUAUUAAGAGAUUUGGAUGAGGAAACAAUUCCAAAGAGGUACGGUGGUUAAAAUAUACUAAUUUAAUGA